AUGGGUAUACUUCAGCACCAGGCGGAUGUAUGGCAUGCGCUUCGUUACCCUUCCAAGCAUUCCUGGGGAGAGCGUAAGCGGGCGUAUCUUUUUGUUUUUGCCUAUUGCUUGGCUGCAAUUGCUUUAUUCGCAAGUGUCAUGCAUUUUAUCGGGGCUUGGAUUGCUUGUGGACUUCUGCAGGUUAUCAUGUUGAUAUUUGCGAUGCUAUUUGCAUUAAACAUUGCUGACUGCCGUGACAAAUGCCUUAACGUAUUAGAAUGUGAGCGAGCGAUCAAUCCCGUUAUGGAAGUGUAUAUUGGACUGCGUUUCAUUCAGUUUUUACAUGCCACAUUUCUUUUGACUAAUAUCCCAAUGGGCGUUAGCAUUUUGGUGGCAUUACUUUACUCAUUAUGGCGCAUGUGGUGUGGUACUUAUUUUGUUGAUGCGACCAGCUUGUGGCGAGAGGUGGGUCGCCUUGAACGGGACUCUUACAUUCAUAUUUGCAUUGAAAUUGCAUUGAUUGUUAUUUAUCUCAUUGCUAUUGUCUUCGCCAUGGUGGAUAAGUACUCGUAA